AUGUUGAAUAUGCAAUACCAUUUAUCAAAAAUUCUCCUCCUCUUUCUUCUUUCAUUGAACUUCAAUUGUUCAAACGCUCAGUCAUGGAUCAAAGCCGGUUAUCAUUACACCGGUGCUGAACUCCCUGUUUCCGGCAUAGAUUCAACAUUGUUUACUCACCUUAUAUGUGCUUUUGCUUAUAUAAACUCUUCCAGUUUCCAGCUCUUAUUCAACUCCUCCACCCAACAAGAGUUCUCCACUUUCACAAAUGUUGUCAAGCGCAAGAACUCAAAAGUCACAACCUUGCUGUCCAUCUGGGGUGGCAGAGAUGAUCAUUCGGUGUUGUUUUCAUUGCUGAACCAGUCUUCUUACCGGAAAUCUCUCAUUGAUUCUUCAAUAGCAACUGCCAGACUUUAUGAGUUUGAUGGCUUGGACCUUUGUGGGACUGUACCAAGAACAAGCAUGCACAUUACAUCUUUGGGAACAUUUCUAGAUGAGUGGCGCGCUGCGGUGGAUUCUGAAGCAAGGAAGUCAGGAAAGUCAGGUUUGCUCUUGACAAUGGCACUUUAUCAUCAUAAGCAGGUUGUGGAUGCUGUAACUUAUCCGAUUGACUCUAUUAGGAAGAACUUGAAUUGGGUUCAUCUUGUGGCAUAUGAUUACUAUCUUCCUAAAGAGGACAACUUCACACACCCUCAUGCUGCUUUAUACGACCCAAUAUCAAAUGGGACUAACACGAACAGUUAUGUUAAGGACUUGAUCAGCAGAGGACUACCUGCUAGCAAGUUGGUUUUAGGCUUACCUUACCACGGUUAUGCUUGGACUCUUGUGAAUCCCAGUGACUCUGUUAGUAAUAUUGGUGCACCGUCAUCAGGUCCUGCGGCUUACAGAGACGGGUCCAUGGCCUAUCAGUUUAUCAAAUGGUACAUUAAGACAUAUGGAUAUUAUGCAGUUUCUGUGUACAAUGAUACUUAUGUGGUAAAUUACUGCACAAUUGGGUCAAGUUGGAUUAAUUUUGAUGAUGUAGAGGCUAUCAGGGUGAAAGUUUCUUUUGCUAAGAAGAUGGGGCUUCUUGGUUACAGUGUGUUUCAAGUUGGCAAUGAUGACAAUUGGGUCCUCUCUAGGGCAGCAGCUGAAGUGGAAGGAGGCCAACAGAACAAGAAAUGGUUAUUGGUGAUUGUUCUGGUCACAAUUUCUAUUAUUAUUAUCCUACUGGGAACAUUAAUGUGUUACCUGAAAAGGAGAGUACUCAAGUCAAUUGGGAUUGUAGACAACAUCAAACGAUCAGUUUAUAGGCUACUACAUAUAGUUCCAAGUACAGACAAUUUUGACAGCAAUUCUCCUAAUAUGCAAGUAUUUAGUUAUACAACCAUCAAAGCAGCUACAAAUAACUUUUCGAGUCAGAAUAAGCUUGGAGAGGGUGGCUUUGGACCUGUAUACAAGGGCACAUUAAGGAAGGGUCAGCAGAUAGCAGUGAAAAGACUUUCAAAAACUUCAAACCAAGGCCUUGAAGAGUUUGAAAAUGAGGUUACAAUUACUGCGAGACUGCACCAUGUGAAUCUAGUUAGAGUUUUGGGAUAUUGCACCAAGAGGGAAGAAAAGAUGCUGAUAUAUGAGUAUAUGCCAAACAAAAGCUUGGAUCACUAUCUCUUUGAUUCAAGUAGAUGUAAUCUUUUGGAUUGGGAGCAACGUGUCCGCAUCAUUGAAGGGGUGAUUCAAGGCCUUCUAUAUCUCCAAGAAUAUUCAAGUUCUACGAUAAUUCACCGUGAUCUAAAAGCGAGCAACAUUCUGUUAGAUGAUGAGAUGAACCCGAAAAUAUCAGACUUUGGUCUAGCCAGAGCUUUCGGAAAGAAUGAACAUGAGGCAAACACUGGUCGUAUUGUAGGAACAUAUGGCUACGUUCCCCCUGAAUAUGUAAGAAGAGGCAUUUAUUCCAUGAAAUACGAUGUUUACAGCUUCGGUGUUCUGCUUCUGCAUAUAAUAAGUGGCAAGAGAAGUUCACGUUUUUAUGGCUUAGAUGGAAAUUUAAACAUUCUAGAACACGCAUAUGAGUUGUGGAAAGAAGGCCAGGGAACGGAUUUUGUAGAUCCAGCCCUAGAUGAUUCGGUUUCGUCAUGCAAGCUCUUAAGAUGCAUGGAGGUAGCUUUAUUAUGUGUCCAGGAAAAUCCAGUUGAUAGACCAUCCAUGCUGGAGGUAUCUUCAAUGCUCAAGAACGAGAGUGCAGCCAUCGUUAGUCCUAAAAAGCCUGCAUUCUCAGUUAAGAAGAAUGAAGAUGAGGAUCAUAUGUACAAAUCUGUGGAAGAAAUCUAUUCAGUCAAUGAUGCAACAAUGUCCGAAAUUGUUCCCAGAUGACCAUCCUUUCUGAAACAUACAGAUGUAUAUUGUAUUCUUCUGUUACAAUAUUGUUACAUCUAUAACUAAUCUGUUGCAUUUGGUUUGUAACUUUGUAUACACAAUAAAGUUGAGAAUUAGAAG